AGAAGCAAAAAAAACAUUAAGAACGGAGGUAUACCUCCUAAAACAAAUUUGUUUUGCUAGUAAAAUACCACUGACGAAUUGGUUUCUGUAUGGAUUGCAGUCGAACAUUGUUCUUUUUAGAACCUCUUUUAGUGUGAAGUGUACAAGAUAGCUUAAUAGCCGUAAAGAACUCAUCGCAAAUUUAUUAGAAUAUUUUGAACGGGAAAGCGGUAGUAAUGGCGGUAGUAAUAUCUUUAAACUGUGCAAUGGCCAUUAUGGGCUUUAAGUGCUGUUAAGAAAAUAUGUAUUUACCUUGGAAUGUUAAAGAAAUAGUAUGUUACCGAAUUUAAAACUUGUUGUGGUGGCCGUUGUAAUGUUUAUUAAAUUUUCAAAUAUCUGUCAAUGUACAGAAAUGGAAAGUAAAGCAGUUAAAACGAGUGGAAGUGAAUGGAAUGGAAAAAUAUUAAUAAUCGAAGAUGAUGCUCGGUCUGUUAAUGCUAAACUAAAAAGUGGGGAUAUGUCGUCAGGGGCAAAAAAGAAACAUAAAAAAGCCGAGGAAUCUCAAGGAUUAGUAGAGAAGCAUUUACCGAUGUUACUUUUCCCGUUUCUAUUUUCAUCAGCUGUAAUUCCUAUAGCAUUAAUGACAAUAAAAUUACUAAUAAUAAAGGCUGGUAUAAUUGGAAAAAUUGCAGUCCUGUUGAUGAUACUGAGCUAUUUUAGAAGAUCAGUAAACCGUGGAGGUGUCAUUAAUCAUUACAUGACAGAUUUGGCUGCAGAGCAUUAUGGUUACCAUGGUGUUGAGGAACCUGGGGCGUACAUCAAUAAAAGAUGACAAUAAUUAUUAUAAAAUCUUAAAAUAAAGAUAAUAAAUCCAUUAUGAAAUAAACUAAAAUUGUGAAAUAAAAAAUUAUGAAAAAAAUAUGAAAUAAAAAAACAAGAAAGGAAAACGUUUAAAAAUAAUGUGCGAAAACUUCAUCCUUUUGUAUUUUCCUGCUGUUUAAUAAAGAGUAAAAGUUUAUACGAUA